AUGGGACUCGUGAUGGGACUCACGUUCCUGGCGGCGGGGACGUCCAUCCCGGACCUCAUGACGUCGGUCAUCGUGGCACGGAAGGGGUUCGGAGACAUGGCAGUGUCGUCCUCCGUCGGCUCCAACAUCUUUGACGUCACCGUUGGGCUCCCGUUCCCAUGGCUGCUGUACGGGAUCAUCUUCGGGGGUGCGCCUGUCCCGGUGGAGAGCAAGGGGAUGGCGUGCUCCAUCCUCAUUCUCUUUGGGAUGCUCAUCCUCGUCUUCGUCUCCAUCGUCGUGUUCCGGUGGAAGAUGAACAAGGGACUCGGGAUCACCAUGUUUCUCCUCUAUUUCGUCUUUCUCGCAGUCGCCCUCCUCUUCGAAUACCACAUCAUCCAGUGCCCCAUCUGAAGGUGCUACUCAUGGCUGGUCCAUACGAUCCAAGGGUGCUCCGUUGCGGGACGGACGGAACGGCUUUCAUCCUCGAUGCAGGAACCGUCCCGGCAACGAUCGCGAACGAUCGCGGACGAUCGCGCGUCGUGCGUGUCUCUCGGUUCGGAAACCGACUUUUAGAGAUUUCUUCUUAUAUUUAUCUAGGAAGGCGGGCACAUGUGAUAAAAACUGCUUGCAUCUAUCACAUCUCUAUCGACAUAUCCCCAGUAGAGUUUCACCGCACGUGAGACAAACGGCUCUAUCGAUUGUUGUCUGUUGUUGUUAUAGAAGGACGAAGGCUCUCCAGUAUUAUCCAAGAACGAGGUAAGACCGGAUGCGAUUCUUUUUCUCUCGAGGGGAAGAGAGACGUAAAAAAAAUAAAUCGACGGUGGAGCCGGUUUUAUUAUUUUGCUUUCGCCGAGCAAUAAACGGAUUUGGAUCUGGC